AUGGUGCUCUAUAUUUUCUUCAAGAAGGCUCGGAGAAGGUUGACUCCCAACCUUAUCUACAUGAUAAACCUUUGCGUCUCCGACUUGCUGUUCAUAAUGGUUUUACCCAUUAAGAUAAUCGAGACUUUUUUGUCUGCCUGGACCCUUCCUGCCAUCCUCUGCCCGUUGUUCAACUUCUUCCACUUCAGCACCAUUUACGCCAGCGCCUGCUUCCUCACGGCGGUGAGUGUUGGCCGGUACUUGAGUGCCGCUUUUCCUAUCAAAUACAAGAUUUAUAAGAAGCCCAAAUACUCCUUCAUUAUUUGCAUUACUUUAUGGGCCAUCGUCAUCUUUCACGUCGCCUUCGUGUUUUUGAUCGAGACCACGCAACAUGGGAGCCUGGAAUUUUUUCUCCGGCACCACGACAGCAAGAUGACCUGCUAUGGCAAUUUCACGGCCGCACAGUUGAAUCUGAUCGUGCCGGUAAGACUGGAGAUGUCCGUGGUCUUGUUCUUCUUACCGUUAUCUCUCACCACCUUCUGUUAUGUGUCUUGCAUCAGAAUCUUCAUGAGAUCCUACAUGCACGUCAAGCACAAAAAAAGGGCUAUCCGUGUGGCUAUCACCACGUUGACCAUUUUCAUCGUGUGCUUCGGCCCAUACAACAUUUCACACGUGGUGGGAUAUAUAAAUCACGAAAGCGUCUCGUGGAGAGACGAGGCUCUCUUAACCAGCACUUGCAAUGCUUUCCUGGACCCGCUUAUCUUCUACUUCUUAUCUUACCCUAUGGACCAGGGCUUCUACCAGCUAUGGAAAACACUGAAAUUCAAGUACAGCAUUUCCAAAAGGAAACUUUCCUCUGUGUUCAUGAAGGUUCCGAGGGACGAUUCCAAAGUGGGUAUAAGAACUAUUUCAGCAACUGUGUGA